AUGUCCUUCAAUUUCCCGAACCACAGGCAAGCGUCCCAGGAUCCGUGGCCGUCCGGUGGCGAUACCUUCAGACCCCAGAACAUGAACGCGUCGUUGGGUCUGACUCCUAAUGCAAGCUCGUCAUUGGGUCCUGACUCGGAACAGCCGCCCGGCUUCAGGAACCCUUGGUACUCGCCUAAUCAGCAAAUGGCCCCACAGUUGAGCGGACCUCCAAUGGGCACCUCCAUGAACCACCUGCCCCAGCAGCUGCCUCAGCUCUCGUUGCUCCAACAGAAGAAGCAGCCGUCAUUUGCAAAUCAGCUCCAAACAACAUAUGAGAAUGCUGCGCUGCAACAGAACUCUCAGCAGCCAAUUUUCUACCCUCCCCUGAGGGCGGACAAUCCUUUCAACCAUUACUAUACAAACCAGGAAGUGCUGCUUCAUCAUAUGCCAGAUAGGCGAAUGUCGGCGGCGGUAGACGGGCCGUUGUACAAUCCGUACGGAAAUGCCAUGAACCUUCAGCAAAACGCUUCCGCUGCCAACGCACACCUUUAUCCGCCCAAUACGGGCCAAGGAUCACUUCCGUUUGCUCCAUCGAUGCCAUAUAAUUCGGCUCGUCGCUCGUCGGUGGCUGCAGGUGCCAAUUCUUAUCAGCGGACACCUCUUCAUUCCCGGUACUUCAAUGGUGCCAACGCUCCACCGUCAGCUUCAUUUAUGGGUGCACAGCCUCCUGCUGCUGUAAAAACGACUCCCAAGAUAAUGAAGGUCCGCUCAAAGAGCGAUCUCAAGCCCAAGGUUCAUCAUCAGCCGAAAUACAGAAGACGCUCGAUCAACUCAAUUCACAUUUCUCCAGUGAAUGCGCUUUCAGUAUACUUGACGGAAUCUUAUUCCAUGUGUCAGCCUCAGAAGUUCCGCUAUUCCAAGACAUCGAACCCAAAAAGGGUGCUUACGAAGCCACUGGAGCCAAAGUUCAACAAUGGCUACGAUAACGUCGAUUCUGACUACAUCUUAUAUGUGAACGACAUGUUGGGUACUGAAGAGGGAAGAAAAUACGUGGUUCUUGACAUCCUUGGGUCUGGCACCUUCGGUCAAGUAGUGAAGUGCCAGAAUCUUAACAAUCAGUCGGUAGUCGCUGUCAAGGUCAUAAAGUCGAAACCGGCUUAUCUCAACCAGUCACUCUCAGAGGUUAAGCUACUAGAGUUUCUUAAUCAGAACAGCUCGAGCAGUACGUUUAUCUCGCUUCUUGACACCUUCAUGCAUAAGGAGCACCUCUGUUUGGUGUUUGAGAUUUUGGCUUCCAACUUAUAUGAGCUCAUCAAGCAAAAUCAGUUCAAUGGACUCAACAUGAAGUUGGUGAAGUCAUUUACCAAGCAAUUGCUUGAGGCUUGUGCACAAUUGAAGAACCUACAAAUUAUACAUUGCGACCUCAAGCCAGAGAACAUUUUAUUAUGCCAACCCGACAAACCAGACAUAAAAGUGAUCGAUUUUGGAAGUGCAUGUUUUACCAGACAGACGAUUUAUUCAUACAUUCAGCUGAGGUUCUAUAGAUCUCCAGAAGUCAUAUUGGGUCUACCUUACACUGAAUCGAUAGAUAUGUGGUCACUCGGCUGCAUUGUCGGUGAGCUAUUCCUCGGACUACCCAUGUUCCCAGGAGCAUCCGAGUACAAUCAAAUUUUCAAGAUUACAGACAUGCUUGGUAACCCUCCUAGACACAUGAUAGAGGUGGGUCGCAAUGCCAUGAACUAUUUCGAAAAGUGUCCUUCGUCGGACGCGAGCGGAAAGCCUAGCUACCGUCUCAAAUCACACGAAGAUUAUCUUGAGUUUUUAAGGCAAACAAAGGGCAAAGACGAAGUACGCAGAGCGGAGCAACCAAACAAGGAAUACUUUAACGACCGUUUGUUGAAAGACAUCAUUCUCAAUUACAAGAUGCCUUCGCGCAAGAUGACCCAAAUGAUGAUAGAUAGGGAGAUGCAUGAUAGACAUUUGCUAGUUGACUUUUUAGCAAAAGUCCUAAAUUUCAAUCCGCUUGAGCGGUUGACUCCGCAAGAGGCAUUAAAGCAUCCGUUUGUGAGCGAAUCCACGCCUGCCGCACACAAGACUCCGCUUGACUCGCCCAAUCCGGCGACUAUGAUAUAG